AUGUCGCUGCCGGAAUGUUCAGCUACGCAACUAGCGCAGCUCAUCGGUCCCAACGCUACAAACGCCGUAGCCGCCGCAGAUUUCAUCUGCAGCCAGUUUACAGCGGUGGGAAAAAAGUUCGUCGACACACAAUACGCGGUGGAUAACACGUAUCUUCUAUUCUCAGCUUAUCUUGUUUUCUCUAUGCAACUUGGUUUCGCUAUGCUCUGUGCCGGUUCAGUUCGAGCCAAAAACACCAUGAACAUCAUGCUUACAAACGUUCUAGACGCCGCCGCCGGUGGCCUGUUUUACUAUCUCUUCGGUUUCGCCUUUGCCUUCGGUGGACCUUCAAACGGUUUCAUCGGAAAACAUUUCUUCGGCCUCAAAGACGUUCCAUCAGAAACUUUUGAUUACAGUUAUUUUCUCUAUCAGUGGGCUUUCGCCAUAGCAGCUGCCGGCAUCACCAGCGGCUCUAUCGCAGAACGAACACAGUUCGUUGCUUAUCUUAUCUACUCCUCUUUUCUCACUGGUUUUGUUUACCCGGUUGUUUCUCAUUGGUUUUGGUCCAGUGAUGGUUGGGCUAGCGCAACCAACACCGAUAACCUCUUGUUUAGCACCGGAGUCAUUGAUUUCGCUGGCUCCGGUGUUGUUCAUAUGGUUGGUGGUAUUGCUGGUCUUUGGGGAGCGUUUAUAGAAGGUCCGCGAAUCGGACGGUUUGAUCAUAACGGUCGAGCCGUCACUCUUCGUGGACACAGCGCUUCUCUAGUUGUUCUUGGAACUUUCAUGCUUUGGUUUGGCUGGUAUGGUUUCAACCCUGGCUCCUUCACCAAGAUUCUAAACCCGUAUGAAUCAGGUACUUAUUAUGGGCAAUGGAGUGCGGUGGGGAGAACAGCGGUGACGACAACACUGGCAGGAUGUACGGCGGCGUUGACUACGCUUUUUGGGAAAAGAAUUCUCUCCGGUCACUGGAACGUUACCGAUGUGUGUAACGGGCUAUUAGGCGGAUUCGCAGCAAUAACCGCCGGGUGUUCCGUCGUGGAGCCAUGGGCCGCCAUCGUGUGUGGAUUCAUAGCCGCGGUGGUUCUGAUCUCGUGUAACGUACUCGCGGAAAAGGUGCGUUACGAUGAUCCAUUAGAAGCAGCGCAGCUUCACGGAGGAUGUGGCGCGUGGGGUAUAAUAUUCACGGCUUUGUUUGCUAAAAAGGAGUAUGUGAACCAGGUUUAUCCUGGUAAACUGGACCGACCCUAUGGGUUAUUUAUGGGUGGUGGAGGGAAGUUAUUAGGGGCACAUGUGAUUCAAAUUUUGGUUAUAAUUGGUUGGGUUAGUGCAACCAUGGGUCCUCUUUUCUUUGCUUUGAAUAAAAUGAAGUUGUUAAGGAUCUCAGCUGAAGAUGAACUUGCGGGUAUGGAUUUGACCCGACAUGGUGGUUUUGCUUAUGCUUAUGAAGAUGAGACACAUAAACAUGGGAUUCAUUUGAGGAAAAUUGAUCAUAACUCUUCUUCUUCUCCUACUCCCAAUCCUACCACAGAUUUGUGA